AUGAAGAGAUCUGAUGAUAUGGAUCGAAAUUGGCUAUAUUAUCUCGCUCAACCAACUAAAUUAGCGCUGGAUAUUGAAGAACUAACCGUAUCACACAAAUUGGAACUACUUAAACAAGCCUUAUCACAAGCUGAAAUUAGCGAGAGAAAAACCAAUCUCAAUAAUUCUGAAAAUGGUUCCUCAGACAACUUCUCUACAGAAAAUGAGGCAGUACAUCCAGACGACGUAUUCACAGAGUCAUCAAAAUUGUUUAAAAAGUCAAAAGUGUUGGAUAUACUGUCCUUACAGAUUGCUGCAAAUCUAAAAUUCAGUUUAAACUUGUUUCGAGUAGUGUCAGAGAUGCCUACAAAGCUGUAUGCACGUUUGUAUAGAGUGUUGGUCACGUAUACUGCAAAAUUUUCUGAAAUUCUUCAACCACAAUUUGAACAGGCAAUGAAUAAAGAAAAUAUUUUCAUCAUAAAUCCGUAUGGUUAUUUCACAUGGUCUCAGUUGAAUCCUGUAACAAUUUAUGGUAUAAUGUCUUACCAUAUUUGGUGCCUUCAUGUUUCUCUUACAUCAAGUAUGUUGCCGCAACCGUUUCGAAAUCUUACUCCAAUUGUUUCUGGUUUAACUGAAGUACCCGAGGUAACAUUUUUUGCUGAUAAUCGUGUUGAAGUUGGUGUUAUUCUUACACGUAUACAAGAGUCGGUAAAUCAGUUGAAUGAGAUCAAUGAUCUGUUAGAAGAUAUCAGUAUAGCCAGACCUCUUUCAUCAGUAUUCUCAACAACAGAGUCGAUAUUUUCUGUUUUUGGUGAGGUGUCAAAUCAAGAAGACCAAAAUUCAAACUUGUCAGAUUUUGUUUUACAGAAUUCAGAACCUCUUUCCAGAAGUUAUCUUUCUGCAUCACUGAAUUUUGUACUGGGACGUUAUGCUUUUCAACAACAGGAGUUCCAUCGAUCACAAGAGCUUCUUCAAAAAACCCUCAAUGAAAUGCAAUCUCAAAAUUUUACUUACCUGAAUGAGACUGGAGCUACACCGAAAUUAGUACAGGCCUACUUAACUGCAUGUUUAUCAUAUACGCCUGCCGCAGCACACAUUUCAGACAACGCCUCAAUUCCUCAAUCUGACGAUGAUGAUGAAUUUUUACAAUAUUUUUGUACAGAACUAGAAAAGUGUUCUGCAUCAUUAGAAGUAGUGAAUAAAAAUCAAGUAAUAAAUAUAUUUUGGACUCAAAUAUGGAAUUCUGUUGACAGUGUCAAAUCAGAGGAGUCUUCUGAUAAAAAACAACUACUCACAAUUGAAGACCACCUGUAUGAAAUUCUACUCAAAGGAUUAAUUCCUGUGAAUGAUGAUGAUUCUUCUAAUUCUAAUGCAUAUAUUCCGAUUAGUUUAGUAGUUCGUCAUAAGUUAGAGAAUUUAUGUUUAAAACUGUUGAAUGCUUAUAAUAAUAAUAAUUUACUGAUGAAUUCAACUGAUACAACCAAUACAGGAGUUGUACAAUCUACAAAGCAUACAAAACAGGCUAAGUUGUCGUCCCUUGAUGAUGAUGAUGAUGAUGAUAAAAUAUCAGAUUUCAAUGCUGCUGUACACCAACUUUUCACUAAGAUAUAUGUAUGCAAUUCAAUUGAACGACUAAUGUUCAAUUCUGUGGAACAUCCACUUAUACUGGUAACAGAAUUAUUAAUAAAUUUUGACAAAGAAUCGACAAAGAAUCAACUCAACAAAUCAACGUCAUCAUCAUCAUCGGUGUUUCAUAUAGACGCUAUAAAAGGACGUGAAUUUCUAUUCGACUGUUUAACCACUUUAAUGCAAAGGCUGUCGUCAAGCGUAAAAAAUUAUUCCACCUCUAACCAAUACCUUAUUAUUUGCCAGUAUAUCACUUUUCUAGUACAAGAAGGGAUCUGUUCACUGGGCAGUUUAUCAAUGAUGAAUCAACUGCAUUAUCAUAAAGAGAAUUCUUAUCUGCUUACAGUACAAAAGAAUUUUCAGGAUUUAUUAGAAACACUUGUAUCUCAUAAACUGUGGGCAUACCUACCAGUGGAGAAUAGAAAAUAUAUACAAUCUAUUUUGGAGGCAAUAAGUUCUGCAAAUUCAUUUGACAAUGAUUCAGAUACUGAGUAUUCAUGUUCUUUCAAUCAUAAAUCCCUUGCUGAUCUUCCUGAUCCUGAUUAUGAUCUGAGUUUUAGCCUGUCUACUCUGGAUGGAGAGGAUCUGUUUACACAAGGACCUGGAUUUCGACUAAAUCAUGAGAUUUCUUCAUCUAAAGAUCAAAUUUCUGGAUCAUACAAAUCAUCACAUAUGCCUAAAGGGAAUUCUCCAUUUCAAAGUGUCGGUGAUGUGGAUAUGCGUAAUCUACCACAACAAAUUCCAUCCUUCUCUCAUAUACCCGCUGUGCAGCCUCAUCCAAUCACUGGACAUGGAUCUUUUACUAGUUCAUCGCUUCCUGCGCUUUCCAGAGAUAAUCCACACGCGUAUAAAAUUCAUGUAGUACGCCAUCUUCUGUUAACACGUAAUCCUACGGAUGUAAAUAUGCUGGUGGACAAUCUUUUAAGAUUAGGUAUGACACCAGAUGAAAUUUUAAAACUUAACGACUCAUGGCUUUCAUCUUUACAUCUUUUGGUAUCAUUGGAAGUAGUUGGACUGCAUGGUAUUAGUGGAAAUAAUGAGACAAAUCCAAUAGCAUUUUUACUAUCAUCAUCUGGAAACAUUAUGUGGGCAGUGACAGUAUUGUUACAGUUGGCUAAAGGUUCAGCCAUUAUUCGUCAUGAAGCAGGAAUAUUAGAAUAUACAACAGCCAGAGCUAUGUUAUUAGCUUCUUUGAAUAAUCUUGCCUCGGUUAAUCCAAUUGUACCGCCCCCUCCAUCGUCAAUGCCUACAUCAUUACCUGUUAAUGUUCCAGCUGCAAGUCAUACAGUUGGUAAACAGUCUCGUAUCGGUGAUGUUUUCCAGUGGAUUCGAGCUGCUAUCAAACAUGAAUUAAUGUUACUUGAUUUGUUAGAAUUCUUGAAUCCAUGCUCAUUUAUUAGCAUCGAAGGAAACAGUCAAUCGUACGGUGUAUCUAAACCAAAUCAUUCUGGACAAGUAUCCUUAAAUGAAUUGAUUAGACGAGCUAAAAUUAUUUUGUGUUAUGCAGCUGGUUUACCGUCACAUGCUAAUUCUUUGGAGAAUAAAAUGGAGUCAUUGAAUCUUAUUGGCCUGUCUGAUGAACUAAUUACUGCCGCCACUUGUUUUCUAUUGAUGGUUAAAGAAUAUGAUUUUCUGUAUCCAACAUCUACUCCAAUGCAAACAAUUUCAUUACCUUCAGAGAAUAUCUCAUACAGUGUUACAUUUAAAUAUGGUGAUUCAGAAAAAUUAAAAACUGUUAUCAAUGAAUUUUAUGAAUUAAUACUUAUUCGUGGAUGUCUGUUUGUAGAAUAUUCUAAUUCAACAGACAAUGUGAAUAGUAACUCUAAAGUCUCUGGAUCUGAACAGCAACAACAGCAGCAACAACAAAAUAACAGAAGUAACUAUCACUCAGACAUUUCCCGUUCAAGAAUUACUUCACCUAUUCUGUACAAUAUCAUUGGAUUAUUAGCCACACUAGAUAAAGUAGCACAGUUAAUUAUCGCCUCCGGCCUCAACUUCCCUAUAAAUGCUACUAAACUGAAAAAUUCAACAGAUUCAGAACAUCAUCAUUUACCGAUUGGAUUACAAUUAUUAGAUUAUCUUAUUAUUGGUUUUGCUCAAAUUGCUCAACAAGUGUGUACAAAGUUCACUUUACGUAUUUUAAAACAAGUAGUCAGUUGUUUUCCAACGAAUAAUAAUAAUAAUAAUUUCGAUGAAUACAAGACUACUACUACUAAUGAAUCAUCAUCAGUAGGCAGUGAAGAUAACUCCUCCACUGCCGCCGGUACAAAUAAUUCAUCGUCGUCUGAUUUACAGCCAAGCACUACAAAAGUGCGUACAUCAAGAUGGGAUAAACCUUUGACGGAUACUGCGAAGAAAGAUCGUAGACGUAGUCAACAACGUGAAAAAAAUUCAACUGAUCAUAUCAUCAUCAUAAAGGAGUGA